AAUCCCCGCGCCAGCUCUCUCCUCGGCGCGCGCCUGCGCACUGCUUCCCCAUGUGUGCUCGGGCCGUCAGCCGGCCCGGCUGAGCAGUGGCACGAAGUCCCCUUGGCGGUAAGGCCCUGUCACCUGCUUGGCAGCCUUCUCCACCUGCUGCUUCCCUCCUCUCUCGGCCUGUCCCCACAGCGCACAUCGCCAUGGGCAAGAGCCGGACGAAGCGCUUCAGGCGCCCUCAGUUCUCCCCUACGGGCGACUGUCAGGUCGAGGCUGCCGCGGCGGCGAACGGGACAGGCGGCGAGGAGGACGACGGGCCGGCGGCGGAGCUGCUAGAAAAGCUCCAGCACCCGAGCGCCGAGGUCCGCGAGUGCGCCUGCGCGGGGCUGGCCCGGCUGGUGCAACAGAGGCCGGCGCUCCCGGGCCUGACACGCCGCGACGCUGUGCGCCGGCUCGGGCCGCUGCUGCUCGACCCCAGCCUGGCUGUCCGGGAGACGGCGGCCGGCGCGCUCAGAAAUCUGAGUGCUUGUGGAGGUUUUGAAGUGUGUGAUGACAUGGUGACUAAGGAUAUCAUGACUCCUCUGGUUGCACUGCUAAAAGAGUGUAGUGCUGGACUGGAUUCAAAUGAGACGUCUCCACAGAAGAAAAAAGAUCAGAACAGAAACUCUAUUGAGAACAUAGCCAAUGAGGCUGUGAACGUACUAUGGAAUAUAUGUGAAUGCAGUAGUAGAGCAGUAUCUAUAUUCAACAAAGAAGGGUGUUUGGAGAUUGUAUUAAAGUAUUUAAGUAGGUUUUCCACCAAUGUUGACCUGGCUAUUUCAGUAGCAUAUUGUUUGCAGACAGUGACCGAAGAUAACCCAGAGCUACUGAAAUGUUUCAGUGCUGAAGCAUUGCAUGUGCUGGAAUCAGCAAUGCUCUCUCCUGUCAAGUCCCUGGAAUACCGUCUGUUGAAAACAUUGGUGGCAGGCACAAUUUGGAAUCUAAAGGACAUUAUUCCAUGCAAGAGUCAAGCAGAAAUCAUAAAUGCCAUACUAAAGAUCUUAUCUGAAGUUUUGGAAAUGGAUGCUGGUGAAACAGUUAUUCGAAUGAAGGAGGCUGAAACCCAAAGGUUAAAAACCCUAGCAGAGACUGAGGAAAUAUUAGAGAAUGCUAAUGGUGAUGAUUUGAUUGAAGAUGAUGAAAUGGAAGAAAUUCCUCAUAAGAGAAAAAUCAGAAGGAAAACUUUUGCUUCAGAUUUACUUCCACCCACUGACAAGGAACUGAGAGAGACCAUAGCAUUGCUGACAGCGCAGCAGACUGCUCUGGAAAUUAUUGUCAACAUGUGCUGCAGUGAAGAUCCCUCCGAUGAUGAAUGGGAAGAGCUUUCUAGCAGUGAUGAGAGCGAUAUGUUUAUGGAGAAUUCCCUCAGUGAGUGCGGUGGGCAGCUGCUCUCGCCCCUCUGCCUCUCCCAUGAGAUUCACACUGCUCUCACCAGCUACCUCAUCCCAAAGAAGAUUUUUGAGAAAACUGCCUUUCCAAACAGCAUUGCAGUUGACCUGUGUUCUAGAAACCCCACUUGGAAAACUUUGAUUAGAAAAAUGAACACUGUGCAAUGUAGAGCCCUCGUGUGUCUCCAGAGUCUUGUGUCUCUCCUGGAUGUGGACCACCUGGGAGGAGCCCCAGCCCUUCAGACACUUGCACAGCAUCUGUCACAGAUGCUUUUUUCUCAACCAGAUUUUGCUAAACAUGCUGACUUUCUAGAAGCCAUAAGUAGUGCCUUGAGGGCCCUUUUGCAAACAAUGGCCUCCAGGAACAUUUCUCAGUGCCUGACUCCUGAUCAGCUGAUGACAUUAUGCAAAGCAGGCAUUCAUAGUAGUAACGUUGGGGUUCGCGUGAACGUUGUUAGCAUUUUAGGGAUCACUGGCAGCAUCCUAGCCAAAGAAGAUGGUACACUUGAAACUCUUAAGUCCAUUGGGUGCUUUCUGCUUGAGGUUGCCACCAAAGAUCCUUCCCUUGUGGUAGCAGGAGAAGCUCUGGAUGCCCUCUUUGAUGUUUUUGCAGAUGGCAAAGAAGCUGAAAGAGCUUCAGUUCAAAUUAAAUUAUUAUCUACUCUGAAAGAAUUCCAGCCAGUCUUCAAAAUGAAGAUACGUAAAGAAGGGCGAGGUAAAUACAGUACAGAUCAGCUGUGUGUUCUCGACAAUGUGAAGAUGAAUUUGAGAAGGUUUGUUGCUUAUCAAGAAACUGUUGAGAAAAGGCUGACUUCCUGAACCAUCAAAAGAGAAAUCCAUUUUUUCCGAAAGUAUUUGAUGCAAAAAAUACUAAAGGAUUUCCUUGGACUGUAUACAUAUCUGAAAAUUAUUUUUAAAUGCUUAUAUUCCGUACAUUAAUUUGAAGUUCAUAAAAGCUUCAAAACCUGUCAGAAAUGGGUUUUUAAGCUUUGAGACCUGUGUGGCAUCUCUAGCACUCUCUACAUCAUGCUCCCCGCACAUUUUUAACCACUGGAAACACGAAGGGUGGAAGGGUGCAAAUGCAAAGGAAUCUCAGGUGGUUCUUCACUAAUUCGAGAGCGGCAAAGAAAUUUCAAACAAUCAUGUUUUCCUUGAAUUUUGCCAAAAAAAGAAAAUCCAAAGCAUUGCUUGGAUGUUCUUUUAAGACAGUAUCAUUUUAUAUCAGCUGAAUCUUUAACUGAAAUAUGAAGACAAGCUUUAUAAAAUAAUUUUUGGUAUGAAGUAUACCAAUUAUGUUUACCUUUUGUGAAGAAGUGAAUGAGUUAAAUUUGUAUUUCACUACUUAGUAGAUUAUACUAAUGAGCUAAUGAGAUAAUUGCCAUCCUCUAUCUAGGUGGAUGUGAUCAGUUAUUGGAUCACUCCUUGAUUUAAUUUGAUACGGAAUCAGAAUUAGAAAAUAUUUUUGAAUAAAUAACUUUUUAAUUUAAA